UUUGCGGAAGUCCGGUAGAGUCCAAUUCGUAUAUUUAACACUGUUUUAGAUUACACUGUCGUGUGCUAUUGUAUUCUCUAGGUCUUAAGAGCUUGUAUAUUAAAGAAAGAAAUAUGAACGGUUAUGCAACGAUUUAUAAGAUCGUAUGUAUCACAUUGACGUCAUCCUUCAUACGUGCGUCGUCUGAUAAUUGUCCCGUGAUGGAGUGCUGGUUUGUCCAGGAGAAGCCCGGGAGAGGGGGCUUCUCUGCACCAGUAACGCAGGAGAAGUCUGUCAUGUAUAUCAGAACGGACUCCGGUGAUGACAGCAUCACGCAGUUAAGCCCCCCUGCAGACAUAGACCUUACGAGGGUCUACUAUGUCACUGACCCUGCUGCUACUUUCUGCCGUGCUCCCCUCCACCCAGCAGAGGGCUCUGUGAAAAAGACACAGUGUGAAAUUAACCCGUUCUUACCUCAACCAUCCUUGGUCAGCUGGGCUACUUCGCUCACUGAAUCCGGCCAAAGCCCCAUUCACCUGCAAGCUGAUUGGUUUUCAGUGGCUGCACAAGGAUCAGAUGGGCAGUUGGUAAUGUCCGCCAUCAUGCGUGCACCCUCGGGAUCCAAAGAACCUCAAGUCAUCCUCAGCAUCAGCAGUAGAACUGCAGCUGUUCGCUCUCGUCUGGGUGAGCAGGUGAUGCUGGACUGCGGCUUCUGGGUGAAUCCCUCCUCUCCGCUCGCUGGCUUGGGCUUCUCUGUGGAUUGGCGCUACCAGUUCCACGGAGAAGGCCGCCUGGUCUUGGCAUACGAUGGCAAGAAUGACCGGCUGGCUGACACCGCCGAGACGGACGCAGUGCUGGACUUCAGUGCCCUGCAUGAGACAGGAAAUGCAUCACUGAUCCUGGAGGAAGCACAAGUGCGCCACUCGGGCACCUACAUCUGCACUGUUUACCUGCCAAACCUGCUGGCACAGGUAUCAAUUGACCUGGAGGUCGUAGAGCCCCCUUCCCUCUCCAUCUUUCCCUCCCCGCUCCCUCUCAUCCUGUCAGGCCAGGCGGUGUCAAUGCAGUGCGAGGCUUCAGGCUUCGUUCCCCUCUCGCUGGAGCUGGGCUGGGAGUUUGUUGGGGCUGACGGCCAGUCACGGUCUCUGGGCCAGGGCAGUAUGUCUGGCCACAAGCAGGCCUCGGACGGCACAUACAGCCAGAGCAGUCGUCUGGAGCUGGACUCAUCCAGGCUGGGACUGGGCCGUGGUGGGGAGGUUACCUGUGUGGCCAAACACACAGGGGGCACCAGGAAGGCCAAAGUGACCCUCAAUGUUAUUGGUGUCAGUGCCCCAUCUAUUGAGGAGUCUAUGGUGAUGGUUGCUGUUGCCUUGGGCCUUUAUGGUCUAAUAAAGGUGUUUAGUUGGAUGUUCAGCUCUACAGGUUCAAGCAAUGGAGAUACAAAAGAUAAGAAGGAGAAAUGACCUUGAAACCAGCCAGCUGGCAACAUAAAAUGAAACUGAAAGUGUUAACUCACGCACACAGAAGCGCUAUCGGAAAGAAUGGUUGCCGAGGGUGGACGAACAUUUGAAAGAGUACACACUGAAGACAAAUUACACUGAAUUCUUCUGGAUUGCAUGUUUGUGGAUUAAUCCGUGGGAGGAAUCACUAUGAAACUGGGGCGCGUUUCCCAAAACCAAGUUAGCAACUUUGUUGGUUGCAACGCACCCCAGAAUAGGACCGGCUCAAACUGCUUUGUGUUGUGCAUAGGACUGGAUCAGCAGCAUGACAAGACCUCCUUUCUCUUGUCGGGGUGUUGCUGAAAUCCCUGGUUCCAAGUCAUAGGCCUACUCUCCAGUUCCCUUGGCCGGUCUCCCACUGGUAAUGCUCACCUCUCCAAGUUCACAUUCCCCUUCCGCCAGUAUACCAAUAAUUCACUCUCCUUCUGAAACUCAUACAGACAUUCUCUUUUCUAAAAUAUACAGUGUCUCUUUAUUUUUUAUUGUCAUUUGGAUUAUUCUGUGAACAGAUCAUUUCCUCAGUUGUUAAAUGAAUUUGCUAUUUAUGUUAUGUGUGUGAAGAUGUUUGAUUUGAUUUAAACUAUCACAAUAUAUGAUUGAGAUGUAUGAAGCUUGUUUGCGUUGUUUGGUUUAUGUAUAGUCUAGCUAUAACUGGUUUAAACCUUGAAUUGGCAGAACAUACUGCCUGGAACCCACAAUUUUCUUAAUUUAAAAUAAAAUGUCAGAGUUCAUGUUA